AUGCUCCCCAAUGAAUCCGUGCAAGAAUAUUUCUUUAAAAUGCAAGAACUCGCUAGUCGUGGAAAAAUUGAGCCUGACGGGUUGAUCGAAUAUGUUAUUUCUGGUAUACGUGACAUAACCAGUAACAAAGCGAUGUUAUAUGGAACAGAUAAUUUGACAGAAUUUCGUGAAAAGUUGAGAGUAUAUGAGAAGAUCCGGUCUACAUAUUCUCGUUCGUUUCAGUCUAAACCGAAUCUAACUACAGAGCAUCGAAAACCCCAGCCUUAUCGAAAUAAGCGUGUCAGUAAAACUCUCAAAUGUUUUAAUUGUAAUGAAAUUGGUCACAUUUCGAGUAAUUGCUCGUAUAAAUCCGAAGGUAUUAGAUGUUUUAAGUGCAAAAAAUUCGGCCAUAAAGCUAACGCUUGUCCUCAAAAAGAAGUAAACAAAAUGGAACUAAGUCAUUUCUCUAGAUGUAACAACAAAAUUGAAACGGAUGUUGAAAUCCUAGGUGCAAAAACAAAAGGACUCAUCGACACCGGGUCGGACGUAACGAUGAUACCAAGGCAUUUUUAUGAUAAAGUAGGGACUCCGAAAUUAAACUCAGAUGGUGCAUCUUUAAUUGGAUUAGAUGGGAAUAGUAUUUCUCCGUUAGGUUUCUUCGAAAGUGAAAUAAAGAUUGACGAAUACUCUCUUCCUGCAAAUAUUUACGUGGUAGAAGGUGAUCUGUGUAAUUCUAUAAUAAUAGGAAUAGAUGUUCUGAAUAAACUGAACUUCUCUAUAACAAACUACGGAUUCAAAGUCAUGGGGAAACGAAGUCAAAAUACUAUUCGUGUUAAUUAUACUCGAAUUUUUGUUCCCGAUGGAAAGUCUGCGAUAAAAUGA